AUGUCGGUGUCUGGUAAAGCCCAAGAGCUUUACGACAAAAUGGUCGAAAAGCCUGCCGGCACUUUCUUCUCGCAAGACGAUCUCGAGAGAUUGACCCUGGUGCUGAAGAAACUUAUUGUCGAACUUGUCCAAGAACUCUUGAACAGUGAACUCGUCAAGUUGGGGACUCAGGAUGGCGAAUUGAAAUUCAGUGCCGUCACCAAGGCCGAAGCUGACAAAGUUUCCAAGAUGACCGACGAAGAAAGAAUGAUUUACAGUCACAUUGAGGCAGCAGGCAGAGACGGGAUCUGGCAAAAGAUCAUCAAGACCAAGACCAAUUUGCACCAACAUAUCUUCACUAAGUCGUUGAAAGCUUUGGAAAACAAACGUUUCGUCAAAUCGAUCAAGGAUGUCAAACAUCCGACAAGAAAGAUCUAUAUGUUAUACAACCUCCAGCCGUCGAUUGCCUUGACCGGGGGCCCAUGGUUCACCGAUUCCGAGUUGGACACCGAGUUUGUCGAGUCGCUAUUGAACAUUGUUUGGCAAUUCAUCACCACCAAAUCGCUUCCAAACCCGUUCCCUGGGCAGCUGAAACGGGCUCCAGGGGAAGAGUACAACCCUGAUCAAACCACAUACUGCAGCACUUUCGAUGGGUACCCGCUGCUUGAAGACGUCUUGGAUUUCAUUCUAAAAUCGGGGAUCACCACCGUGGAUUUGUCAGUAGGGGAUAUAAAAUCGCUUUGUGAUGUGCUUGAAUAUGAAGACCGUAUUGAAAGGGUUGGGGAGUUGGAUGAUUGCUACAAGGCCACUUGGCAAAGUAUUUUGGAAAAAGGCGGGGGUCUAAGAGAAGGCACCGACCCAAUGGAAAUUAAAGACUCUCAAUGGAGUAUCUUUGAUUGGUAUACUCAGAUGCCACCUAGUGAAAAUGAUCCAGAUGUGAUGUGUUUGGAUAGUUGGAUCAAUUCGUAA